AUGACUCUCCCUCUUUAUCACCAUCGCUACCGUCAUGUCUCUGGCAAGCAAUUCCUGUCCUUCGCCAGGAAAUCUUUGCUGCAAGCCGUUGCUACCAUCGCCCAACGUCAUAAGCGCAGAUUCGACGCUAGUCUCGUCCGCCUCACUGGCGCACUUUGGAAAUACACUGUAGGGCCUGUUGUACUCACCAAGGAGUUUUCGCAAGGAAACACGAAGUGGAACGCUUUGUUCCGGCCACCUGAGUCCCGGACGGCGGGACUGAGACUUGUGCGUGGCGAGGAUGGACAGUUGGCUGGCAGAGGCGACAGCGCUCUUGUGAACUCUGGGGCAGUGUAUCCGUCAUUGGUAUUCUAUCAAGCCGAAGCGCGACAAGUACUUCGUGCUCUCGUGGUGGGAAAAGAGGCGCAAGAUGCAAUGGAGGAGGACACGCAAGAGUUAGCUGACGGUCCUGCACGUUUCUCUCACCUCGACUCGUUCUUCGGCAAGGGCGAGCCCGACGAGCAGACAAAGCGCUACAUCGACCUCAUGAUCAAGCUCUUCUCCCACGAACACAUCGCAUCCUCACCCGCUUCAACCUCCACAUCAUGCCUCCACAUCAUCCUCGACCUGCCCCUCUUGCUGGACAACCCCGGCAGGGACUACGCGGCCCAAUGGACCGAGACUGAGAGAACGAGGGCGACUACACGGGGAAGCACACGCGCGCGAUGA